CAAAUUUCUACCAAAUGCAAAGGUCUUAACACUGAUAGAUUUUUCUCUCUCUCCUCUUAGCCUCACUUUUAACCUCUUGGAUCUCUCCCAUCAGUGCCCAAGCCACUGUUGAUGCAGCCCCACCCCAUGUUCUUGAAGGAGCAAACGUUCUUCUACAGGUCAACAAUGUGCCAGGCAAACUCAUAGCCUUUUUCUGGCACAAGGGAAAGGAUGUGCUUCCGACUGAGGAAAUAGCCGGAUUUAUUGUAUCCAGCGGGAGAACGGUUAUGGGGCCUGCACACAGUGACAGAGAGACACUAUACAGCAAUGGAUCCCUGCUCAUCCAGAAUGUCACCCGGAAUGACACAGGAACCUAUGCAGUGCGUAUACUAUGGGAAGGUUAUGUUACGUACAUAGCAUCCACGGAGUUCCAUGUACACCAGCCAGUGACUCCACCCUUCAUCCAAGUCACCAACACCACAAUCAAAGAGAAGGACCCUGUGUCCCUGACCUGCAUCUCAAAAGACACUGGGAUCUCCAUCCGUUGGCUCUUCAAUGGCAAGCGUCUGGAGCUCACAGACAGGAUGAAGCUGUCACAGGACAACAUCACCCUCAGAAUAGAGUCUUUCAGGAAGGAGGAUUCUGGGGUGUAUGAGUGUGAGGUCUCCAAUCCAGUCAGUUCUAAGAAGAGUGACUCCAUUCAGCUGGACAUAAUGCAUGCGUGACCUCCCCUCCGUUACUACUCCAUAGUGUUGGGGUGGGGCAAUUUCUUUAUCAACAGUGUACAAAAUGGCAGAAGUCACAAGGAGAAAAACACGGAUCAGAAUGCACAUCCAACAAGCUUGGUGAUGGCUGCACGUUAUUCUCAUGACAGAACACCAAGCAAGCGGAACAUGUGCUGCACGCCUCUAACCCCAGCACACCAGACACAGAGACAGCUGGAUCUCAUUGAGCUUCAAAGACCCGGGAAUUGGUACCCUGGCCACUGUAUCCUGAAGACUGACAUUCACAACCAAGUCAGUGUGACUCUCCAAGUAAAACUCAAACUGGGGCCAGUAAGCAGCAACAUGACUUGGGACCCUGAG